AUGAGCUGCGAUAGUAUGGAACUGUCAUCGGAUUCUGACCUGUCCGAAAUUUUUGGAGAAAUUAGAUACAAAAGUAAAAAUCAAAAUACAUACAAAAAGAGACGCCUACUGUCAAGGAGCUCGGAAUCUGAUUCUGAAAACAUUGAGGAAUUAUCAGACAUCGAUCCGCGGCAAUUUCUUUGGAGCGCACAAAAUUUGGCUCCAAAAGAAUUAAAGCAAAUAUUGACGAUAAAUCUUUUCUUUUCCGAAAAUAUGAUUGAACAUAUUGUAAGAGAAAGCAAUAAUUAUUAUACCACGAAAACUAUACGCAAUAGGCAUUCACGAUUGAAGUAUAUACCUUCAAAACAAAGUAGAUUUGGAAUCAAGUCGUAUGUUAUCCGUGACUGUUAUACUGGAUAUAUCCAAGAUUUUAUUGUCUAUUGUGGAGCGCGCACGGAUAUAAUUAACAAUAAUGAUUUAGCAGAAAUUGGCAAAUCAGGAAAUAUUGUCAAGACGCUGAUGGAACCAUAUUUAAAUAAAUGUCAUGUUUUGGUCACCGAUAACUGGUACUCAAGCCCGGCAUUAUUUUCGCUGCUACAUCAUAAUAAGACAAAUGCAUUUGGAACCGUGAAGAAAACCAAACGUGGAAUGGCUAAUAUAUCUAAUAAAUUAUGCAAAGGCGAAAUUGCAUUUCAGUCUACGGAUAAACUGUUAGCACUAAAAUGGAUGGACAAAAAAGAAGUGCUAAUGUUAUCAAGCUAUCAUUCUGCUGAGUAUACAGAAACAAAAAGAAAUGAUGUUAAAACACCAAUACUAAAACCAAGUGUCAUAGUAGACUAUAAUCGCGUUAUGGGAGCAGUCGAUAAAACCGAUAUGAUUUUAAAUUCCAUUAAUACUGUUCGUAAAACUAAAACUCUGAAAUGGUAUAAGAAAUUCUUUUUCCACAUGCUGGACCUUUCGAUUUACAAUGCUUACAUACUCUACAAAAUUACGUCCAAAAAGAAUAUAACAUUAGCGAAAUUUCAUUUACGUCUCAUUCGAGAAAUUCUACUUAAAUGUCCAAAUGAAAAUAUAUGUAGCAAUAAGUCUGGAGGCCAAACUGCAUCCAAAGAUAAUCUCUUACGACUGGUUUCAAGACAUUUUCCAUCCAAUAUACCAAUCCCACAAGAAAGUGGCAGAACGGUCGGCGGAAAUAUGUGGUUUGCAGCAAACACAAAAAGCGAACCGAAACUCGAUUCGAAUGUAAAGACUGUAACGUUGGAUUAUGUAUUGAACCCUGCUUUAAAUUAUAUCAUACAAAGGAAAAUUAUUAAAAAUUGUCAAAGAUUAUCUAAGAUUAUUAAAGAUUGUAAAAGAUUACUAAAAUUGUUAUUAUUAUUGAUAUUAUUGUUUGAUCGGUGUGCCGGCCAGCCGCCUCAAGGAAAUGACCAGCAAAAUCGGCUCCGCACACCGCGUUAGGAACGACUCGCGUAUCGUGUUGUCCGCGCGGUCGAUCUUCCACCGUCACGCCGGCUGCCUAUAGCGCAAUUUAUUUCUGAGCGAAAGGGUUAACAAGGAUAGACACCCCAUUUUUCAUGUCUCAUAUUUUUCAUAUUUUCAGACUCACCUGAUCCCUUUACUACACAUUACAUAUCAGUUCAGUCUGAAAAACGGUAAAAUGCACAACUAAAAACUGCGAUCUUCUAUUUAGAUAGAUAUAAUUUGCCGACGAGUAUUUGAGAGUCAGUAUCACAGACACUAUGAUCGAUUCUGGUCAGUGUGUAGAAAUAAAAUCUAAACAGAUAAAAUCUAACAGAGUCCAGAAGAUAGAAGUAAGAUCAGGUAUAAAAAUUUAUGACUAUAACAUUAGAUUAUUAGUUUAUCUUUAAUUUUAACGCUUUAUUUGCUUGAAAUAACGAAGUUUUAAAGUCGGAAACAUAAGCUGCAUUAUAAAAAAAAAAAAAUGUGUAUACUAAAUUGCGGUUUAAUAAAUCGUAAUUCAAUAAAUAUUAUUACUUUUCAUCAUUUUUGUAAAAGAAGAUGCUUGUCAACAGUUAUCGGUUAGAAUUUAACCAUUAGAUGAAGAUAUAGAAUUAAAAGGAAAAUAUGUGUAUAGUGUGCAUUUCAGAAAAUAGUUUUCUAUAAUUUCCGGUUUAUUCGAGAAAAAUACCUAAGAUUUAUUACUGAAUCGAAAUAGUAAAUGAUAUUAAUGGAAAUAAUGUUCUUAAUACAGAUGUAGUAUUUAAAAAAGACAAAGUACUGGAAAAACGGAGAAAAAUAAAUAUAAUAUUCUUCACUUAUAAUGUAAAUCAUAAAAUGUAAAUCAUUAAAUAGAUUACAAAAUAAACUUUCCUCAGGCAAUAUAUAGAUGAUACGAGCCUGAAGAAAGCUAUUAAAGUAUCUGAUUUUGUUUUUACUUUUAUAAUAAUGUUAUUAUUUAGAAUUUUGUGAGAAUUUACACAAAAACAGCAAAAAAUAUGAGUAG